CAAUGCUCCAGGGUGGUGGCAGACACGAGACCACAUUUUAAUUUCACAACCACAAUUCGUCCUCCCUAUUAAUCACUGGUUUAUAUCACUCUCCCUUCCUUACAUUCGCAUUUAUCUUGAAAACCCAUCAGCUCUUCAAGUUGUCAGAUAAAAAUUUCUUACUUGAAGCAAACAGUGCUACCCAAACAUUAUGUCUCCUUCCAUUCUUCAGUGGCUAAGCUUGGUGGGUAUUAUUUGGCUUCAAUCAAUCAAUGGAACAAACUCUGAUUUCUCAGCCUACUCAUCCCAGCUCAAGCAUCUCCUCUCCAUCUCCCAAGUGCAAUUGAACAACCUCGCCUUUGCCUCUGAUGCCGGAAAACUCUUUGGUUGGUUCUCCGGCGUUGGGGCAGUUCAUCUACCCCUAUGGUUGGUUCUUAUGAUUGGUUCAGUUCUCGGGUUGAUUGGCUAUGGUGUGCAAUAUCUCUUCCUUGUGAACCAAAUCUCCUCUCUUUCAUACUGGCAACUCUUUGUACUUUGUGUUCUAGCUGGAAAUAGCAUCUGCUGGAUCAACACUGUUUGUUACAUGGUAACCAUUCGAAACUUCCCAUCUGAUCGCCAGGUUGCGGUGGGGCUAUCAACCAGCUACGUUGGAUUAAGUGCAAAGAUCUACAACGACAUUGUAGAUUGUGUUUCGCCUUCUCCGCCCGUCAAAAGAGCCAAAGCUUAUCUCCUACUUAACUCAAUUGUACCCAUGAUAGCUUCAGUUAUAACCGCUCCGCUGGUUAGAGAGAUCGAGUUGGGAAAAGCAAUAGAAAUGAAAGGGGGGUUCAUGGCGAUGUUUGUUAUAACGACAGCAACUGGUAUUUACGCUGUGCUUGGUAGUACGGAUUCCAUUUCAACAAGUUUCUCAUCGUCAAUUCAUGCAAUUGCGAUGGGGAUUCUCUUAGCUGCUCCAAUAGGGAUCCCCAUCUUCACAGGUUUCAAAGAAAGUUUGGAGGGUAAAUGGUGGAAUAAAAGGGAGAAUAGGAUAUACAAUCUCAGUGUGGAUGAUCAGGUUGGAAUUGGAGAGAGAGUGGAGAUUGAGGUGAAGGAAGGAGAAGUUGUCGAGGAAGAUGGCCAGUUGAUCAGAGUGAAGGAAGAGAUCGGGGUGAAGUUAAUGAUAAGGAGGGUGGACUUUUGGUUAUAUUUCUUUGUUUAUAUGUUUGGUGCAACACUUGGGUUAGUAUUUUUGAACAACCUGGGUCAAAUAGCAGAGUCCCGUGGAUACUCUAAGACUUCUUCUCUGGUCUCCUUGUCGUCUUCGUUCGGUUUCUUUGGGCGUCUCAUCCCAUCAAUUUUGAAUUAUUUUUUCUCCAAGAGUAGGUACAUGGUCUCAAGACCAGCAUCGUUAGCAAUAUUAAUGGUCCCAAUGGCAGGGGCCUUCUUCCUGCUUCUCAACAGAACCAACCUCUCCCUCUACAUCAGCACUGCUGUAAUUGGAGUUUGCGCUAGUGCAAUUACCUCCAUCGCUGUCUCUACGACUAGUGAACUGUUUGGGACCAAGAAUUUCAGUGUGAACCAUAACAUCUUGGUUGCUAAUAUUCCCAUAGGCUCCUUUCUUUUUGGCUACCUGGCAGCACUUCUUUACCAAAGAGAAGGAGAUGGACAGGGGAGAUGCAUGGGGACUGAAUGUUACAGAAAGUCUUUCAUCAUUUGGGGUUCCGUUUGCACUGUUGGAACGAUUCUAGCUUUCCUCCUCCAUGUUAGGACUCGCAAAUUUUACUCGCAGAUGAUAGCAUCAUGAGAAGAAAACUGAUGACCAUUUUUGUGCACCGCUUAUUAAUGUAGUAGAAGGUGCAACACCGAAAGGAAUGUUACUUAGAACCAGUACGUAGUACUCCACUAGUCCAACAAGUGAGAUGUGAACGCGGAAUGCCAACCGUGGUCUGCCAUUAUAUAUAUAUAUAUAUAGCUUAAUGCGCAUGCAUGUAGAGGAGACUGGAGAGUAGUACCUACUCAAAUGAUCGGUGCAGUCACAGAGCAGCAGCACUGUUCACUGGAUGCUAUAUAAGCCACACAAAAGCACAUUUAUUUUGCCUAGCGACUUUUUACUUUUUAUAAGAGAUAUUAUUCAGCUAUCACUCUCAAUGGAGCAAAAUGUACAUAUAUGUUGUAAGGAAUAAGGAUGUUAUGGGGGGGGGCUCAUUCAAAAGAAUGAUGAUUACCCGCAAAAUGCUGGAGGUAACUUGUUGUGUCGGUUUAUAACAUUUAAGAUAAUAAAAAUUAGCUUUAUUAA